UAGGGUCCUCUUUAACAAUUUGCCGCUUAAAACAUCGAAACAUCGACGAAAAAUUAUUAAAAUUCGUAUUUUAACGCCUGAAAAUUUACUCAGAAAUGGCUAAAAUUAAUACAACUAGUACGCCGCAAGAUUUAGAUCCUCAUAUUUUAAAUAUUAUUCAUCAGGUAUUAACGGGUUACAGCAGCGAAAAAAAGUUGGAUUUGCGAGAGCCUCAGCCGAAAAAGUCACUGGAAGGAAUAGCGUCGUAUAUCGUGUUCGCUUACGGAACUUUGUUAACUUACGGAAUUUUGUCUAAUGUACUUUUAUUUUUCCAUAUUAUUCAGUACAGGCUUUAUAAGGAUCCGACCUAUAGUUUCAUUAUAAAUAACGCUGUCAGUGACAUAGUUAAAUGUGUGGUUGUACUGCCUAUAACUUUGUAUGUGUUGUUGGUCCAGAACUGGAUGUUAGGGGAGUUGCUGUGCACUUUCCUGCCAAUGUUACAGGAUAUUCCGCUUCAUGUCACGAUGCUGACCUACGUUUGCUUGGCCUGGGAUCGACGUAGAUAUCUGAGGAAUCCAAAUAAACCACGCCUACCAGCUUUUGUGUGCACCAUUGGAACUUGGCUCACUUCCUUAUGUUUGGUCCUUCCUUAUCCCAUAUACAUAACUCACAUCGAUCUGGGAGUUUUCCUUAAGUCGCCCGAAUACGAAGGAGUAAGCAUAUGCAUCGUAAAUCUGGCAGAUGAUAUGAAGGAGUACAUGAGAGGAACAUUCCUUGUAACUUACGCCGGACCCCUGGCUGCAAUCUCGUACUUCUUUGUGUGCGCGUCGCGCGAGCUGGCUUAUCACAACGCUCCCGCGGUGAUAUUUUUCGAAUCCAGGGGGCGCGAUUGUCGCUCCAGAAUGGAUUCCCAUUCGACGAUGACAGCCGAUAUUCGAAGCAACCGUGGCGAUUAUGACCGCAGCAGCCAGUACAGCCCGGAAAGUUUUCGAGAAUACGAGGGUUCCCGAACUCGUUACGAAGUGCACGAGUCCGAACUUGACGUCGUCAAGGAAAAACGCACUCAAAAAUACUUGGGAUCCAUCAUUACCAUGUACGCCAUUUGUUUGCUGCCUCUCAUGAUCAUGCGUCUGGCUAGAUUGGCACUAGUGGAAACAUAUGAAAACAGCAGCCAUUUCGACUAUACAUACGUUCUAUUUGUUUGGCUGGCAUUUUUGCCUACUUGUUUGACUCCUCCAAUGUUUGCAUUUUGGCAAAUGAGUCGAUCGUCAAAGGAACGUCUAAAGGGCUACUUUCGUUUCAGCAAUCGCAAAAUGCGUCAUUCCAGUGAGACAGUGGUGACAACUGCGGACACUCCAGCAUCCAGAUUUAAGUUCUUGCAUGGAUCCCGACAACAACUAGAAGAACGACUUUCGGAUGGCACAAGUAGCAUUCAGCAAGAGAGUAAUUCGUCUUGAUGUUGAACUUCUGAUAUCAUGAGCUACAGGAUAGUAUCUACGAGCCUGUAUCGUGUGGAACAGCUUAUUUGAAGAACUUCAGAAACGACAGAGAAUAUAAAAAUUCUCGUUUGACUGGAAUGGAAAUGUUCAAGAAUUUCAAAGAAGCGAGACCAUUUGAACAAACAAGGAAUAAUUUACACUUGUGAGUGCUAUUUACUUUAGAAGGAGACGUUUAAUAGUGAAUACUGUUUUGUAAAGGUGCCAAUUCUAUACUCUUAAAAUCUUGAUGAUGUUCUGUAACACUUAACGUAUAUUUGUCGUUAGUAUAUAUGCACUAACAAGUACCAAUUGCAUUUAAGGAUAUUUCGAAUAGUUUAUAAAAGAGCUAAAAUAUAUUGUAAAGACAAUAAAGAUAAGUAAAUAUGUAGUUCAAAAUAUUUUUAUUAGAAACAUUUAAAAAGAAAAUGAUUAUGUUUCUGUUUUUUAUAUUUAAUAUUUUCAAAAAAAAUAGUUUAGUAUUACAGCAUUCUGCGUCCUGUUAUAUUCUUUAAUGUAUAGUAUAAAUAAAUUGACUUAUCAUCGAGUUCAUUACUAAAGAUAUCUCAAUAUUAACAUUACAUUCUCUAAGUAUAGUCUGAAUCUCUAAAACGCAAACCGAAGAUACAGAAUGAUUAUUUUUAUUUACUAAAUAAAUAUAUUUGUUUUUAAAACAUUCGUACUUUUGUAUAAAUAUUAUGAAAAGAGAUUUAAAAAAAAGAUAAAAUGUAGAUCAUAUACUUAUAUAUUAUGACCUGCAACAUAUUCUAUUAACUAUUUAAAUUAUUAAGCUAAAUAAUUGUAAAAAUGAAAUAGUAUAUAAAAUAAUUAAAUAAAUGUUGCUCAAAUUAAUGUAUAUUCUAUUUAGAUUCUAACUGCUGACUUAGGGGGGAAGGGGGGAGAUGGUUUAAAUUUUUAAAUCUAGUAUAUCUUAAGCUGCUAUUUACUGAAUGUCUCAAAACAUCUAGAUGUAAUAUUUUCUCUUUACUCUCAUACGCACAUAAUAAGUUGAAAAACAAAUAUUUGUUAGAAUUAUUGUAAAUCGUUUCAUUUUUUUGGUUUCAAAAUGGUAAACAUUUAUAAAUACAUGUUUUAUUAUAAAAACAGAAA